AUGCUCGAGAUGUGUCGCUCUAGCCGAAAAUUCAACCACCGUACCUUCGACUGUCCAGCCACAAUCCUCGCAAUCAACCUCGUAGCCGACAUGAGCGUUGAUCAUGGCGACUCCAAAGAUCUCCAUCGAGCAGUCGCCAAAAUGACGCCGUUCUUCCACAAGGAAUUCUUCGCUGCGGGCGCGAUCGGAGAACCCUUCAAGUAUUCGCUUAUUUUCAAUCAAGAAGCAAGAGCGAAAGAGUAUCCGGACACAAGGUCCCAUCGCUCGAACAAAAUGCAGCCGGAGUCGUUUUGGGAGGACUUUGAUAGAGAGAUUGGGGAGGUUAAGGGGAUUUGGGAUUUGCCUCCUGAAAGGGAUCUUACGAUCCGGCCUAUCAUUGCACAUCUGUACAAAUCCGGCAUAAUCCGCAGCCGCGACGCCCACUUCGAAGGCCAAGCCAUCGCCGCCGUCGAACCCCACCGCCUCAACACCCCAGACUUCUUCAUCGACUGGCGUCUAAACAUACCCACCGUCACGAUGCCCCCUUCAACCAAGAACCCGCACCUCGUCCCUCCCCUCCUCACAUUCGCGUCCUCGUUCGCCUCCCAGCACCCCACUGCCCGCUUCGCGGUCCUCACCCUCUGGAGCGCACCCUACUUCUACCCACUCAUGCUCGGCCCCGAGAACCGCGACGGCACGUCCUUCCGCGACCUGGUUGGCCGAACGUACAAUUUCAUGUUCGUGCCGAAAUGCAUGCCAUUUUCAGAAUGGAGCAUUCAUCGCACUGCGACGUUGAGGCUGGAGCCGUGGAGGGAGUUCUUUGGGAGUAGGGUUGUGGUGAGGAGGGAUAAGUUUCUGGUCAUGGGUGUUGAUGAGAGGGAGCUGUUUCGCUUGGCGAGUGCGUUGACUUUUGCGGUGCAGAUGAGGCCGUGGAGGUUGGAGGUGGAUCUUUGGAGGAGUUGGGUUAAUGUUGAUGUAGGCUUUUUGAGGGCGUUGGAUGGGAAGUGGUUGGAGUAG